AACCUCUCUCUCUCUCUCUCUCUAGCAUUUCAAAGCGUACGUAUUUGUCCGCGAGCUGACCGAAGACCAAGUUGUCUCUCUCUCUCUCUAGAAGAGCUUAACUUUCGUGGAAAGGCUCGAGCUUUCAACUGCUGCGAGCGUUUGAAUUCCUUCUUUGAGCUGAGGCGAAGCGUCUUGGACCAUGGCCGGCCGUUACGACAAGAACCCCUUCGACGAGGAAGAAGUCAACCCUUUCUCUGACCCAGCAGUCAGGACCAAAGCUUCCACAAAAUAUGGCGGGGGUGCGUUUUCUACGAGUACUGGGGGUCUACCGAACUCAAGGCUUUCGCCACUUCCCCCAGAGCCUGCAGACUUUUACGAUCGUGGUGCAACAAUUGAUAUUCCUCUUGACACGGCAGGAUCAGGUUAUCAGGAUUUGAAAAGGAAGGAGAGGGAACUCCAAGCUAAGGAGGCUGAACUGAAGAAAAGGGAACAGGAAGUUCGACGGAAAGAAGAAGCUUUAGCUCGAGCUGGUGUUACAAUAGAGGAAAAAAAUUGGCCACCGUUUCUCCCCAUUAUCCACCAUGACAUUGCAAAUGAAAUUCCGAUUCAUCUUCAGAGGUUACAAUAUGUUGCAUUCACAACAUUUCUAGGAAUGGUGCUAUGUCUGUUUUGGAACAUAAUAGCCGUGACAACAGCAUGGAUUAAGGGGGAAGGUGUUAAAAUCUGGUUCCUUGCACUCAUCUACUUCAUCUCGGGAGCUCCAGGUGCUUACUUUCUGUGGUAUCGCCCACUUUACCGUGCAUUUAGGACUGAUAGUGCUAUAAGGUUUGGCUGGUUUUUCCUGUUUUACUUGCUCCAUAUAGGCUUUUGCAUCAUCGCUGCAGUUGCUCCCCCAAUAGUAUUCAAAGGAAACUCUCUCGCGGGUAUAUUGGCAGCAAUUAAUCUUUCAAACAAAGGCGCCAUAGUUGCGAUCUUCUAUUUCGUUGGCUUCGGGCUAUUCUGUGUGGAGACGUUGCUUAGCAUCUGGGUCAUUCAGCAAGUGUACAUGUACUUCCGGGGAAGCGGGAAAGCCAAUGAGGUGAGGCGCGAUGCUGCCAGAGGCGCCAUGAGGGCGGCAUUGUAAGCCAGAAUCCGGAAGCACGAUGAGUCGGUUGGUUUCGCUCCUGUUCAUACUUGUCUGUACGGUUACCCUUUGUGGUUAGUGAUGCUUUGUCGAAACCAAGAUUAUGCAUUUUUCGCUCGGCUCGAGGGAUCAUUGCAAAAAUUCCAUGUUGUAAUCAGGGUGAUGUAGAGUUUUGUUGUUUUACAAGUCUCAACAGUGUUGAACCCAUACGUUGAGUUUGAAGUCGUUAUUAAAGUUGCGAGCAGAGUUCCCCUCAAGCAGGCUUUGCUGGUGUUUAACCGGCGGAAAUUAGAGAAAA